AUCCCCCAUUUCCAUUUCAGUGAUCUUUCUUUUUAUUUUGCUCUUCUUCUCGGCAAUGGCUACUACUAGAUUGUUCUUGCUACUGGCUCUAUGUGUGCUUCCCAUGCUCGCUAGUGCCAAGCCUGGCCCAUUCCAAAUCCGCGGCAAGGUCUACUGUGACACCUGCCGCGCUGGUUUUGAGACCGUCAAAAGCUAUUACAUUUCUGGUGCGAAGGUGAAAAUCGAGUGCAGUGACAGGAACAGCUUAGAGGUAAAGUACAGCGUGGAGACGGAUACGGACAGCACCGGAACUUACAAUUUUGAGGUUCAAGAAGACCACGGUGACCAGAUGUGCUACGCGGAACUGGUAAGCAGCCCGGUGGCUGACUGCAAGGUGCCGAAUAAAGGACGCCAUCGCGCAACCGUCAUCCUCACCCGCACCAACGGCGCAGUUAAUGAUCUUCACUACGCUAACAACAUGGGAUUCCUACAGAGGAAGGCUCUGGAUGGAUGCGAUGAGUUGAUAAGGAACUUGCUAUUGGAUGAUGAGCAAUAGAUUUUGCUGUUUCUUCUUAAUUUCAGACUGUUAUCUCUCUCUUAGGCCUGUCAAAGACUGUUGUUUAAUUACCUGCCAUUGUUCUCGAUGAUGGUGUUUUUUGGUUUCUUGGGCUCACACCCCUCCCAUUUGGCAGAGAAAACUCCACUCUUUUUCGUUCUGUUGCUUUCUGUUUUGAUUUGAAGCUCUGGUUGUGGGGGUUUGGAUUUGUCUUGCCACUCUACUUCUCUCAUCUUCUUCCUUUUGUCGGUUUCUUCAGGGGUUACUUGGUGCUUUGGAAUUUCGAGGGGUUGUGUUUAAUAGACUACGGUCAUGGGGUUUGUUUCAUGAAAUUUUCUGCUAGAGUCCUGGUUGGUUUCUUUGUGGGUGCUGGAUUUGCCGAGAAUGGGCACACAUAAGAGUUCCUUUACAUUCAUGGUUAUGACUAGGGGAUUUCCUCUUCAAAUCGAUGUUUUAAUGUGAUGAGUUGUAACAUUGAUUUGAAGAGGAAGUCCCCAAGCAGUAGCCGUACCCCUCAAGGCCUCUUAUUGGUGCCCAUUUCCUCAGCAAAUCCAGUUUCACAAAACUAUCAUCCACGGUUUCGAGAUAUUAUAUAUCCUGAAUUCCGAAGGCUUGCAAGGUGUUCAAAGCAGAUUAAGAAAAUUAGAGAUGAAGAAUUUCAGCCACAAUUUUCAGAGCUCAUUCAAGGGCUGAACAGGAUGUGGAAAGCCAUGCUUGAGUGCCAUAACUAUCUCAUUAGCAUACCAUUCAAGUAGAUCAACAGGUACAACUGAGGGAGCUACCUGGACGCAUUUCAUGGCUCAGUUCCUGUAUCUUAUGUGGAAGCUUUAAACAACUGGCUGCAACAUUACAUUCUACAACUACAGGAGCAUUUGAGAAACAGUAGACCAUUCUCCCCUCCUCGUGAUUUGACGCCACCAAUAUUUGUUCUGUGUCGGGAUUGAUCAGCUAUGUAAUAAUACAACAUGAGCACUUUU